GGUGUGCUCGGGCUGGCUCCGAAAGUCACCGCCGGAGAAGAAGUUACGGAGAUACGCAUGGAAGAAACGCUGGUUCGUCUUGCGCAGCGGUCGGAUGAGUGGAGACCCCGACGUCCUGGAGUACUACAAAAAUGACCACUCCAAGAAACCUUUGCGUGUGAUCAACCUCAAUUUCUGCGAGCAAGUGGACGCGGGCCUGACCUUCAACAAGAAGGAGCUGCAAGACAGCUACAUCUUCGACAUCAAGACCAGUGACAGGACCUUCUACCUGGUGGCCGAGACUGAGGACGACAUGAACAAGUGGGUUCGCAGCAUCUGCCAGAUCUGUGGCUUCAACCAGUCCGAGGAGAACACAGACACCCUGAGGAGCAUCGCCUCCAUGAACCAUGGGCCACGGUCCUCCCCGGCAGAGCUCAGCAGUGCCAGCCACCACCUGCUGCGAGAGCGCAAGUCCUCAGCGCCAUCCCACUCCAGCCAACCCACCCUGUUCACCUUCGACUCGCCCGCCGGCCACCUCCAGAGCACCCUGUCUGCCAGUGCCCCCCAGGACUACCUUUUCCUCCACCAGUGUAUGAGCAGAAAGUCAGAAAACGCAAGGAGUGCCAGCUUCUCCCAAGCCACGAGGUCCGCCUUCUUCAUGCGGAGCGACACAGCGGUCCAGAAGCUCUCGCAGGGCAACGGGCACUGCAUGAAUGGGGUUGGCGGGCAGCUCCAUGGCUUUUACAGCCUGCCAAAACCCAGCCGGCACAACUCGGAGUUCAGGGACAGUGCUUACGACCUCCCGCGCGCCUUCGGUUCCUACACCCACCCCAAGACGAGCCUCACCAGCUCCGAAACAGAUAACGAGGAGGUCUACACCUACAAGACUCCCAACAACACCCUAUGCAAGGAGUUUGGGGAGCUGUCCACGGACUCCUACGACAUCCCUGCCACCCCGCUCUCCAUCUACCAGAUCCCCAGGACAUUUACACUGGACAAGAACCACAACGCUCUGGCCGUGGCCGCCAGCGACUCACCCGCCGCGCCGCCCCCACGGCCCCCAAAACCUGGGCAGACGGAACCGCGGUGGGGCAGCCCGCCCCAGCGGCCCCAGCCCGGCGAAAGCUUAGGGCUGGCCCCCAUGGCAGCCACCAUUCCCCGGAGAAACACGCUGCCAGCGGUGGAGAACAGCAGGCUGCACCGAGCUUCAUCUUGCGAGACGUACGAAUACCCUCAGCAUGGAGGUGGCAGCGCUGUGCAGUCAGUCGAGUCGAUGAACGAUGGGUACAACUCCUACCUGCAAGCCAAGGCAGCAGUGGCCCGCUCCCACAGCACCGACUCCGAGGACAACUACGUCCCCAUGAACCCUGGUUCCUCACCCCUGAUCCACACCGAGAAAGCCAACGACAAUGCCCAAAAUCUCUACAUCCCCAUGAGCCCUGGGCCGCAUCACUUUGACCUGGUGGGGUUGUCCUCGGCCACCCUCCCCAUGCAUAAAGGAGGAGCCAUGGCACAGUGCCACAGACGGUUGAGUGAAAUCCAGCCCCCACCAGUCAACCGCAACCUCAAACCUGACCGGAAAGCAAAGCCAUCACCACUGGACCUGAGGAACAACACUGUCAUUGAUGAGCUUCCCUUCAAGUCACCAGUCACGAAAUCCUGGUCCAGGCCAAUCCAGACCUUCAACACCGGCUCUUUGCAAUACUGUCGCCCUGUCUCCUCCCAGAGCAUCACCAGCACUGACUCGGGAGACAGCGAGGAGAACUACGUGGCAAUGCAAAACCCCAUUUCUGCUUCUCCUGUUCCUAGUGGCACCAACAGCCCAGCGCCUAAAAAGAGUUCGGGGAGUGUGGAUUAUCUGGCCCUGGACUUCCAGCCAAGUUCGCCAGGGCCACAUAGAAAGCCCUCCACCUCAUCGGUCGCCUCGGACGAGAAGGUUGAUUACGUACAAGUGGACAAGGAGAAGACGCAGGCGCUGCAGAGCACCAUGCAGGAGUGGACUGAUGUGCGGCAGUCCUCGGAGCCCGCCAAGAGCACGAAGCAGUAGCGCCCAGGGUGGGCGGCAAAUCAGGCAAAUGUCCCGGCGGUUUUCCC